AUGGCCUUCUCUACGCCCUACGGGCAUUACCAUUUCAAGCGCAUGCCGUUUGGGCUGAAAAAUGUCCCGGCGACAUUUCAAAGGCUAAUGGACCAAGUGCUGACCGGACUUCAAGGGAUAGAGUUGUUUGUAUAUUUGGACGGAUAUUGUAAUAUACGCUCCCUGAAAGAGCACGAAGCUAAGUUUAAUAAGCUAGCAGAUAGAUUGCGAACCGCGAGGCUACGGUUACAAUCGGACAAGUGCGAGUUCCUGCGGAAAGAAGUAACAUAUCUCGGUCAUGAUUCGCAGGAGCGCACUUUUGAUCAGUUAAAAACAGCUUUAUGUACCGAACCAUUGUUAAAAUAUCCCGAUUUCACGCGUCCCUUUAUUGUCACGACUGAUGCCUCUAAAAAUGCCGUAGGAGGUAUUCUCAGUCAGAGUGAGAUAGGAAAGGAUUUACCUAUAGCUUACACAUCGCGAAUAUUAAAUACCGCCGAACAAAAUUAUUCGACUAUCGAAAGGAAACUACUGGCAAUCAUAGCAGAAUAUGAAUAUGAGGUGAUUUAUAAAGCGGAAAAAAUUAACGGCAACGCCGACGCGCUCUCACGUAACCCGGUUCUCCCAGUCCAGCCACAGAAACUCGCGACUCCACAUAACGACGACUCAGAUGAGUCACUCUACAACUAUGUAAACAAAGAUAAUCCUCAAGGGCCAGGCCGCCCGAGCGUUUGCAUUCCAUUAGAUGAUAAGGAGAGCACAAGCCAAGAAUCAAGCAAUGACUGUGACGAGACGGACAUCGACUCCGACAGCGAACCACUGAUUAAAAAAUUAGUUCGGAUUAAGCCAAAACAACCCAUGAUUCUAACCGAUACACCUGAUAGAGCGUUCGAUAAAAUCGCCAUGAACAUUAUGGGCUUACUACCGACAACUUCCACCGGGAAUUCAUAUUUUAACCAUCCAGGAUUUACUAACGAAAUAUUCGGUAGUCAUCCCCUUAAAAAAAACGCUACUAUCGAUGUCGCCGAAGCAUUUAUUAACGAAUUUAUAUGUAUCCAUGGCGCCUCGAAAGCCUUACUGACAGAUCAAGGGUCAUACUUCCUUAACAAAGUUUAA